AUGAAUGAUGAACUAGGUCAUAAUGAUAUUUAUCAGAGUUUGACACCAAUGGAGUCACAAGAAAUUUCUCUACAAAUUGAUUCUGGAUCCACUGUCGAAAAUGAAGGAAUAAGUCUUACAUCUGAAAAUUGGAUAACACAUAGAGAAGAAACCGUAAUGCGAAUUGAUCAAUUUAUUCAACGAGACUGUAUCAUUCUAAUUCGUGCACCACCAUUCACCGGAAAAACCUCUUUAUGCAUAUUACUCGAAGAGUACUAUCGAAAAAAAGAUACUCCCGUACUACAAAUAUGUUUCUUGGGCGUUGAAGAUAUGAAUUUUGAAGAAUUUUGGAUAAACGAAACGGGGAAAAGUUGGAAAUUUUGGUUAAAUCCUAAACACGGUGAAAGAGUUAUUAUCCUCGACGAGACUCACCAUAUCUUUGACGGAUCACGAUACGAAUCUUUUUGGAUAAGAAUAAAAUCAUUAUGUCGACAAGCUUCACUUGGACAAGAAACCAUUAAGAUCAUUGCUUUCUCGACAGGUGGUCGACUAGCUACUUCUGCACAAAGUCCUAUGGAUUUUCGACAAAAAUUUGGUUUUGAAUUAGUAAGAUGUACUCAGACUGAGCUAAUGGAAUUGGUUAAAACGUUUAACAAUUACAACAUUAAAAAGAAAAUUAAUGUUAGUGGAAGGGUCGCGCAGCAAAUAAUGGAAUUUACUGCUGGGCACUUUGGUCUUGUCCGUUGGAUACUAAAUGGCAUCGACAAUUAUUUUUCUUAUCGAGGCACAAACUACAAGGUCACAACUGACGCUGAAAUAAUGUCUUAUUUUACUUCUUCUGAUUUUAUAGAGCAUGUUAAAGCUCAUAGAGGUGCCCCUCUUUAUAAAUUUAAUGCAGCUGAAG